AUGGACAUGAUCAUACCAGCAGUAUUUUCAAUAUCCACUCAAAUCACAAUCCUCUUUACAGGCUGGACAACCUCAACCACAACCCAAUCUGUCUUCGCAUUGGCCUUUGUAUUCUUCCUCGCCAUCUUCGACCGAUUUCUCGGCGCUGUCAAAUUCCAACUCGAGAAAUCCUGGUCUCAGGAUCUAUCUAACCUUCGACCUCUACUUCCUGCUCCAUUGAUACGACGACGAAGCAUCCGAAAAGCAAAUACCAGCCCUCUUCCAGGCUCCGCACGUGUGCCCGGGGGCGAGGAUCCCGGAGAGACUUUGCCGGCUUCAAAUAAGGAGUAUUCACGAAGCGCAUUAAUGAGACGUCUCGAAAUGGGUGGCUCUCGGAAUAAGACUUCCCUGAGACACUUGCUUCCGUCUUGGAAGGCCAGUGGAAGUUGGUGUCUCCGAAAAGACGGAACACGUGCGUUGCUCGAGUGCAUUAGGGCUUUGAUUGGAUAUCUCUUGUGCGUGGUUAUCUCCGCGGGUGUCCGUGUAUUAUCAUGUGUUGAAUGA